AUUAAUGAGGGUAGAAUUAAUAAGAGGAAGAAGAAGAAGAGCAAGAAGAAGCAGAAUAAGCCCAGGAAGCGGCCUGAGGCUCUGCUGAUAUCGGACUGCACUUCCGAGGAGCUGGCGAAAUUGCUCAAGGAAAUGAAGCAGUCUGAUGCUCUUAAAUCGGUUGGAGAGACAAUCUCUAAGGUCCGACGGGCCCAAAAUGGAGGCAUGUUGCUAGAAUUGAAGCAGGGUAGUUCUGCUAGUGCAAUUGCCCCAAAGGUUAAGGAAGCGGUGAAGGGCAAGGCGUCAGUGAGAACGCUAGCUCCUUCUAAAAUGAUUGAGAUCAUGCAUCUCGAUGAAAUUACCACCCCAGAGGAGGUUGCGGAGUCUGUCAAAGCACAGCUCAACAUCGAGAUCGAAAUAGAUCGUAUCAAAAUGAAGAAAGGCCGCGCGGCCGGUACGCAGUGGGCACGGAUCAACGUAUCGCUGCCAGACUUUCAAAGCUUCCUGAAUUUGGGAAAGCUGAAAGUUGGUUGGUCGAUAUGCCAUAUCCGUGAGGUAAUGGAGGAGCAGAAAUGCUAUAAGUGUUGGAAGGUAGGCCAUACGAGCUAUCAUUGUAGGGAACCAGACAGAAGUAAUCUGUGCUGGAAAUGCGGUUUGAGUGGACACAAGAAGCAAGCUUGUACCAACUCUGUCAAGUGUUUGGAUUGCGGUACGAGGUCACAGAACCUCCACGCAACGGGCAGUUACAUGUGUCCUAGAAGGCGAACGAUUAGAUAAUAAUGGUUAGGUUGCUACAACAUAACCAGAAUCAUAGUUAUGCUGCAUUUCAGUUAAUGUGGCAAACGAUUAGGGAAGAAUCUGCGGAUAUAGUGUUGAUUGCAGAUCCGUAUCUGGCAACAACCAACGUCAAAGUGUUACGCAAUGACGAUAACACAGCAGCGGUAGUGGUUAACGCGGACUUACCAGUUAAGGUAGUCAGUAAGGCUCUGAAGGGUUUAAUGGUAGUUGACAUAGGUGAUAUGCGAGUGGUUAGCGUUUACGCGCCACCUAGAUUUAGUAUGGAAGAGUUCCAGAUCAUGUUGGAUAACACGGUAAUGGCCGUAACCGGUAUCCACAAAUUCGUUAUCGGGGGGGACUUCAACGCUUGGUCAGCAAGUUGGAACAACCAACUUGGCGAGCGUGGAGAAACCCAGAAACGAAGAGGUGAGUUGGUCUUAUCAACCUUUGCGCAGAUUGACGCAAUUUUAUUGAACGACGGCAGCACCCCAACUUAUGUUGGACCAGGGCGCACGUCAGUAGUUGAUCUUACUUUUGCGAGCAGAACAGUUGCAAGAUCAUUUAAGUGGGAGGUGUUAUCUAGCUAUAUGAACUCUGAUCAUCGUGCAAUACGAAUAGAUCUUGAGACGCAAAGCGUGCGUAACCUGUCCCGACCCAUAACGGGAUGGAGCAUCAAGUAUUUUAGCAAAGAUAUAUUUGAAGUUAUGAUGCAAGCCGCUUUUGAGACCGAGGUCACAACAAGCGAAGACUUAAUGCGUAUACUUGUCACGGCGUGUAAUGCGACGAUGACUAAGCGUAAGAGGUACACUCCUAACAAGAGUGCAUUUUGGUGGACGCUAGAGAUUGAGGCACUUCGCAAAGAGUGCAAACACCGCGAUCGAUUAGUGCAAAGAGCUUUUAAUACUGAUCUCUAUUCUACUUUUAGGGACGAGUUCAAGGUGGCACG